AUGAAUGUUGCGACGCGGAUAAUGCCAGCUGCUCACGUCUUCUGCUCGAUGCAACAUCGCCCGACGGCCCUAGCGCGUCGCACGCCCGGUAUCGGCCAGAGCCCCGGUCUGCACCAAGCAACGCGUAUGCGACGAGGUCUCAUGUAUCUCGGACGAUCCUUACGCGUUCAUCCCGUUGCGGAUCCGGACUUCGUGGCCACCGAUGCCGAACUGAUCCUGCGCUCCAACGACAACGUUGAUUUCGGCGUUCACCGCGUGGUCUUACAGCUCGCUUCGCCUGUCUUUCGGGACAUGCUGUCUAUGCCACAGAGUGGUCUUCCUGACGCUCCAUCCCCUCUCCCUGUCGUAGAGAUGUUCGAAGACGCGCUCUCGCUGCGCAUUCUUCUCAAGUUCUGCUAUCCACGGCCGGCGCAUGACGAGCCUCAGCUUGUCUCUCUCGCAGACGUCAAGCGCGCCGCCACUCUUGCGCACAAAUAUGACAUCGUCUAUAUGCAUAAGAGAGCGGAGCAGGCUUUGCUUCGCUGCGACGAUGCUUCGCCUGCCCUCGUCUUCGCCCUUGCGUGGCGCUUUGGCUACCACGACGCUUUGCGCAUAUCUGCGCGCCGCACGCUCGACAUUCCAUACUUCUUCAAGCUGCACAUCACGAAGAUCAUGGACGCUCCCGAAUUCACCGAGGUUCCCGCCACCUGCUUCCUUCAUCUGUAUCGCUACCACAACGCUGUCGAGAAGCAACUCCAGCCGCUUUUGAAUCUCAUGGCUCGCGAAUGGCCGAUUAUGUGGAUACGCCCGUCCGAUGUCGGAGCCGAGCUUCUCUACAGCCCGGCAUCAAGAGAUCCGAAGUGCGCAUGUGCUUUGGUCACUGCGUGGUUCAAACUGAAAGGCUUGGACGCCCCGAUGGAAUAUCGGGUCUACUCUUGGUGGUGGGAGUACUUGUUCGCGGUGGUCAGCUCUAUGCAACGUGACAAUCGGCCGGGCGACAUAGAAGCUGCUUUGAACGACCCUCUGCUUCCUUGCAUGAAGACGGCGAUGCAGUGCGACGUAUGCGAGGGUGGCUCGAUCUCGAUUCGCGUUCUCACUGCCACUCGGGUGGCACUGCGCCGCACAAUCGAGGAGUAUCUGACCUUAAUCCCGCUUCCUGCAGCGACCGCACGAGACUGA